CCCCACUAUGCUCCAUUUAAACAUCUUCAAAAAUGGACACAGUACAGCGACCUUACUACACAAUGGAUAAUGACAUCUGCUUACAAACUGUUAGAUAUCAAUCCACACACUAAUCAUCUUUGAAAACCAGCAUUAUAAACACUGGGGGAAUAUGGGCAUUUCAAAACCUUUUAUUUGCAGAGAAUAACAAGAAGCACAAAUGCUUUGGUGUGGGUGCUAACAGUUGGUGUUUACAGAUGGCUGAAAGAAUCCUCUCUGUUCUAAAAUUGGCUACAUGUGAAAACCUGAAGUCCAUGCAGGGUGUGAUAUCAAAUACCUGGGAAUAUUUCAAAGCUGGGGAAGAGGAGGAGAGGGAGGGAGGGAGAGAGAGAGAGAGAGAGAGAGAGGAGGAGGAGGAGCAAAGAAGCAAAGAGAAGCAACCAGCCCCUUAGAGUCUCACAUGCAUUACAGGAGCUUUUGCAUAAAACACUUAGCAGCCUCAGCAACAAGAAUAUAAUUGCAAAGAUUUCUGCUUUUGGGAUGGUAAAACAUGGUGAGUAGGAUCUUUUGUUGCCUUGUCUUUUUAUUAGGUUUUUUGGUGCAAGGGUGUGGUGUGUUUGUUUUCUUUGUCCCAGUGGCAGUGUGUGUGUGUGAUUAUUUUGGGCUAGUUGCUUCUUCGUUGCUCUUCUUUCUGAUGCCGGACCUUAAUGUGCUUAUUCAUUCUUUGUGUAGGCACUGAACAGCAAAGGUGAUGAGAUCUGGCAGGGUGGAAGCUUUGCGGGCUAAUACAGCGGGCUGCCAAAUACAGCCAGAAAUGAAAUGCUGAUUUCCUCUCAGGUAUACUGCAAAGAUUUUUGUUGUUGUUGUUGAGCUCUCUCCUCUCUCUCCCCUCUGGAGGUAGGCUAGUGAUUGGUUAGCUUACUGUGCUGGCUGCCAUGCAGUUAUUCCAUAAGGUGUGAAGAAGAAGGGGGGGAGAUCUCUCAGCUUCAAGGAGGGGCGAGGAAGACCUGCAUAAACUAUUGUAGCACACUGUUGGCAUGAAGGAAAUCUUGCGAAGCAAAUUAAUUUCUUGCCCGCAUUCCUGUGCGCUGUUAUUCUUCCCCAGCCAUCCAUUUCUGCAUUAGCUGUGAAAGAGCAAUUAUUGCAAUUCUUCUUCGAUCAGAGGAUUGACACAGGGAGCUAUCCAUUGUGCUGAUUGUCUGGAAAUAUUACUGUAUGUACCCUGCACAAUAAAGAAGGGGAAAUAGUAAUACCCCCAAUACCGCUGGGAAAUUCAUUCUCACAAAACUGAAGAUGUGUGAUAACUAAGGCCUUUUCCAGCUACAUAGCAUACUUCAUUUAAAUGAACAGUUGGCUUUGCUUAAUUUAAGAUACAGAUUUCUCAUUCAUACUUUACUGAAAAAAACCAAGGUCUACACAGAUAGGUUUAAUACUGUAAAAAUAUAAACAGUUUAAAUGUUCAGAGGAUUUGCAAUUUUUAUUUCCUGAGCAUAUUAAGCCUGAAAAAACCCCCAAUGGAGAUUUACAUGUUUUGGCCAAUUCAUGAGGAAAUCAGAGACGGACCUAAAAUGAUAUUCAAAUUAGAAAGCUAUUUUACCCUAGAGAGGCAGAUGAUAAAGAGGGCUGAUGAAACAAAAAGAAAACAGUGCUGCAAGCAUGUAGGAUGCUUUAAGGAUGGGAGCCUAUGUUGCAUUAUUCUAUUUAGAAUGAUGAUAAUAACACAUAAAUAACAUUAUUGUCUGACAAAAAUCCAUUGUGUCACCUUUUUUCAAUUUUUCUUUCAAAGGGAAAUGGAGAGGCUAUUAUUAGAGCAAUCAGUUUGAGCAGUGAGAUGAUCAAUAGUUAUUUAAAUGUAUCUCUCUGCAUCACACUCUAAAUAAAUAGAAGAGUAAUUUGUCAAAUUGGCUAUAAGCCUUAAUAUCAAUAAAUACAGUUAUUAAACUGUAAAAUACAAAAAUUGUGAUAUCUAUAUGCAUUGCAUUUAGAAUGUGAGAAUAAAAUAGAGAAUAAAAAUAUGUAAAUACUCUCAAGCCAUUUUCAUCUUAGCUGUUUUUUUUAAAAAAAAACAUAACAACAAAUAGAAUAGGCAACAAUCUCAAUGAAUAAUGUCUUUAAUAAAUUGCCAUUAAAGCACACUAUGUGAGAGACAAUGAUUAAAUCUUUUAAUUAAAUUGUGACAGUGACAAAUGCACAAUUUGAAAAGAAGCUUUAGAAAAAAGGAAUGAAAACUACAGUCCUUUUUUCAAUGAUGAUUAAAGCUGUUCCCCCCCUAAUCCUUAUAACCAAGCAUCAAAAAGCAGAAAAGUAAUCUGAGAUUCUAGAUAUAAGUCCAGCUCCUGAAUACCAAUACAUAUAAAAAUCCAAUGGCAGCUCUCAGAUGGGCCAUUUUUAAUGCAACACUAUACCUGUCUACUUAAAAGUAAGUCCAAAUUAAGUUAAAUGGGGCUUAAAGACUGCAGCUUUAAUUCAAUGAAUCUAGGAUACAUUGUAAAGCAUAAAACAAGCAAACAUUGCUUUGACUUAUUUGUUUGAUUCUUUGAUAAGUUAAAUCUUUUUUAAAAAAAAUAAAAAUGACAACGUAUUGUGCUUCUCUGUAUCCUGACAAUAAAGUAGGUUCAUCUGCACUCCGGUUAAGUCAAAGUGCUGUAUUUUAGCUAAUAUAUUGCCCUUUACUUUAAGGAGACUUGGAUUGAUUCAUACAAUUAUUUUUGGCAUGGUUACAAAUUUCCUCAUUAUUUUGGUAUGAUGAAUAGUGGUCUGACAAACUCCAGGAUAGAAACUUACACAGCCUAGCUAAUUUCCCCACAAUGGGGUCAUACUCAGAGUAAAUCCAUUGAGUUAGGACUAACAUGUCCAUUGAUUUCAAUGGGUCUACUUUGAGCAUAACUUAGAAAGAUCCCAAUGUUUUCCGUCAUAUGAUAUACAGCAUACAAUCUCACCAGAUGCUGGAAUAUUCAAAAGGUCAGUGAAAAUCUGGAGUAACUUCACUAUGUCAAAAAUGGUCAUAUGGCUCAGUUUGCAAAUGGUGAAUAUCCAUAUACUGUGGCUGCAAUUAUUUAUAUAACAGUUAGAAAUAAAGCUGUGGCUUGAUGAAAGAUGAAAGCAGAAUGUGUGGGCAAUGGAAAGCAAGCUAUGAUUGUUAUUUGUAGCUGGAAAAUUAUAGAUUUAGUAUAAAAAAAUUAGUGUAAACAAAUUUUCUAAAAACGAUGAUGCUUUAUUGACUUCAGUGGAGCAAUCUGCUAUUUUCAGAUCAUAGUAACAGUCUAAUCUUGAAAGAGUCAUGAUGGAACAGGGAGAUUAAGGGCCAGGUCAUCAAGUUAAUCUAAAUUUUGUAAAACAAAAUACAUCCAAGUGGCUAUUGACCAAACAACCAUUCUUCAAGCACAACACAGCAGGUGGAAAUGUCCUGCACCAAGGACUAAACCAGUUCAGCAGCACAGUACUAAAUCUAGAACCAGGAUAUUCAAAGUGUACAGCACGUUCCUAAGAAGGCAAGAGUAGCUACUUCCUGACCUUGCCACAACCCACUUUGAACAUCCUGAUUGGAUCAGGAAACAUUAUUUGAACAGACACUACUAAGUGUCUCACCACUUAUUGUCAUUUUAGAGGGAACAUGGGAGCAAGAACUUGAAUAAAUCUAGAUGUGUUAGUUUUGCUUAGGACAUUUUAAGCCUUUGCUUCUUGACUUGGGUGGGUAUAAAUAAUAAAAUUAUUAUUGUUGUUGUUGUUGUUGUUUUGUUGUUAUUAUUAUUAUUAACUUUUAAAACCCUGAUUUUAGACAAAGUCUCCCAGAAGCAUUUUUUUAUUUUUUUGGUGGUUGCUUGCAACCAAGUGAAUCCUGGAGGUACUCCUUAAGUUUACUCUUUGUUUUGAUUGUAGAUCCAGAUGUGAUGAGACAACAUGGAGUUCAAAAGAGGAAAAACCUUUAUAAAAUCCAGCAUGCAGCUGACCCAUGAGAAAUUACCUUUAGUGAGCUUGAGUCCUGGGGAAAAGGGCAAUGUAGGAACAGACAUAAGAGAAAGGAGCCACCCUGCAGUUGAAAUCCAAAAAGCAAGUUUUUCUGCCGAUAGAAGCGACAGCAUUUCCAACAGCUCAAUCAAGACUGGAUCUAGUGAGAGCAUCCUGUUGCUCCCAGAAUCCUUCUACAAACCUGUACGGAAAAGUAAAACCCACGACUGUGUUCUGGGAGGUGUGGACAAAACUGAACACUGCAGCUACAAUAACAAGAUCUCGGAGGAAGGUGUUGCAGCUUCUGGGAGAAGUAAAGGGCGGAUGAUCAAUAGUGCCAGCUUUUCUGGAAUUGGGAACACACAGAAUUCUAGCAGCAAGAAAGAAUCGGUGGGCAACUCGAGCCACUUCUUGAACAGCCCGCAGCAGAUGAUUGAUUACCGAAACUUUGUGCCACAGGUGCCCUUUGUGCCAGCGGUUGCAAAAAGUAUCCCAAGGAAGAGGAUUUCCCUGAAGCGAUCCAAAAAAGGCCUCCGGGAUAUAUUUCACAUGAAAAAAAACAAGCCAGAGAGUCUUUCCUUGCUGUCAGAGAAACAAAAAAGGCUGCCAUUUCCAGGCUGCAAGUCAGAGUUGGCAGGCAGGUUCGGCAAGUAUUUCUUCAAAGCGGGAGAAACGUUUUCUGCUGACUGUUUGGCACAAGAAUUUUCUGAUGGCGAGCUGCUGUCAGAGUCCUCCUAUGAGUACUCCAGUGCUCUGUGCGAAGAUGUUGCUUCCUUGAAGAGCUUUGAUUCUCUCACUGGGUGCGGAGAGAUCUUCGCAGACGAGAGUUCAGCUAAUAUGGAACUCGAGGUUAGCAAAGAAAUCUCGCUCAGGCAAUUGCAACAGAAAGAUAGUCCUGCUAUGGGAACCUUUCAAGGUGGAGUGGAACAGCUUGCAUCCCCAGCCCAGAAUGAAGCAGGAGAUUUUGCAAAACUUUGGGACAACAUCAACAAAUCAGUGCAGCUGCAUCAGAAGACCCUGUUUGAUAGGAGGCUUCUGAAAAUACCCAGUAGUGAACUGGGAAAGUCUAGAAAUGAGACCAGUGCCUCAGUGACUGAUCUGCUUUCUUCCCCUGACUCUUCCAAAGAGAGUUCCAUAGAUACAGGGACCCCAAAGAGUGACAACCAGGAAUCUAUGUCAACCAGUGAUGAAGGAUACUAUGAUUCAUUUUCUCCUGGGCAAGAUGAUGAAAUAAGGGAGGAUCAGUCCCCUGGGGUACCAGGUAGGUUUCCAAGAGACAGUUAUAGUGGCGAUGCUCUUUAUGAACUAUUUUAUGAUCCCAAUGAGGCUCAGAUCAGCCCAGUUCUAGAUGAUGACCUAUGUAUGUCUGAAAGCACUUCAGAAAAGGCCAUUGAAAUCCCUUUAUCAAUUUACAGCUUUCACGUAGGGUCAGAAGAAAAUAUGGCUUCUCAACCAGCCAUUGACAUAAUCAGCCAAGGAUUCCUUCACAGCACGUGGAAAGGGAAGGAAUGCUUGCUUAAGCUCUGUGAUACGGAGCUCUCUCUGACCAUGGGGAUCAUCAACUGGUUGAGGAAAAACCCAGGCUUGAUUUCCCCCCAAGACUUUCCCAAGAACCCUCCCCCACAGAUGGAGAGAGAUGGUGAGCCAGUGCCCACCAGUCUCAGCACAUGCCCAAACAUGUGUAAAUCAGCUUUUGAGGAAAAUAAAAACAACGCAGAGACAUCUCCAGCUGACUGCAAAAAUGGAACUGAGGUAUAUUCAGUGGACAGAACUGAACAAAGCCAAAGUGAUGUUCCUUCGUGGAGCUCAACUCAAGAAAGUUCUCAAGAUAGGGAAAGAAAUUGGAGUGCAAUAUCUGGGCUCACAACAGACAACAGCAUAUCGUGCGACACACAGAGAUCAGAGAGUUGGGAUGAUCUCCUAAUGAGCUCUUCUUUAAUGGAGAAGAUAUCUCUCAUAGAAGAAUGCACAGAACCUAGCAAUGAAACUCUUUCAAUAGAAGUUUUGAAUCUGGAGACAAUUUGCCCAACUGAUGAUAACCCACUGGUAAUGGAUAACCAUGAUGCAGAAUCAUGUUCUUCUUAUAUGACUGCUGCAACUUCUCCAGAUUCUCUAGAGACUGGAGAGGAAAAUGAGAUGAAGGAUCAAACCUGGUCUGCUGAAUGUGACAAGCCAACUGAGCCAUUGAAUCUCAGUCAUCCCCAAAGCCAGAUCAGCCAGACAUCCAAGGAGAGUGACACGAAUGUAAUGAGGUUUUUGGAACACUGUGUCACGCAGGUUGCUUCCCUAAAGAUCAAUCAUGAUUCUGCAAAUAAUCACUUGGAAGAUGAUUGCGUUGGAAAUGAAGUGAGCAGUGAUACAGACGCUAUAAUUCAAUUCACAAACCAAAUACAAAAUGAAUGUAGCUGUAUAACCCCAAGCCCAAAAGGUUCUUCCAGGCACCCUUCAAGCCACUGUAACAUUGAGUCAAAUAUUGGUGCUAGUGUUACAUCUCUCACGGAUCAAAAGGAAGGUCUCAUUUGUUUUGAAGAUCAGAAAAACACAAGUAUCCUAAACUGUAUGGGUCCAGUUGCAAAAAACAAACUACCCUUUGAAUAUGCCCAGCUGAAUAAUCAAGCCCUGUCCUAUAUCAAAGAUUUCAGAUUUGAACUCAGUGCUCAAAAUUCUACCACCAUGGCACACAUUUGCAGGCCUACAUUUUUGCCACUCUUUGGUUCCAUCUGCUCAGACACAACUAGUGGCUUUUCACAGCCUUUCUGCAGGAGGAGCGGUUUGCUGGAGAAACAUUCACAAGACCAAGAAGUUCCACCAAGCCGCACACCGUUACGUGGUUAUUCAACGUUCCAGUGUAAAGUACUGCCAAAGGUGUCCACUCUUCCACUUUUAGAGGAUGCUACCAAAGAGAGAGCAGUUAUGGAGAAGACCCGUGAUGACUUGCUGUCAUAAGGUGAGUCCUUGAAGGAAGACCCUAAGUACAUUGAGACCCAUUAGGAAGGCACUUACUUCCUGCCCACUCAUUUUGCCAUAGACAAAGCCUCUGAAGGGUUAUUAUUUACAAUGUCCAUAUAAUUUUUACCCUCCAACAUGUCCCCCCAUAUCCUACCCCCAGUUUUAGCAACUUUCUAGCAAGGAUUAGAUUAAUUUACCUUUGAUUACUGAGAGAUGUGGAAAUAUAGUUUGUGAAGUAAACCCAGAAAAACUGGUAUCCAACAAACAUUUUUGCUAGUCUGCAUGCUCAGACAUAAGGUAUUUGUUGGCUGCAUAAAAAGACGCCACUCUUUUGUAACCUUUUCUUACUUCGUCACCUGGCUGGGAGAGACUUGUGUUUGCUGCAGACAACCGGGGGGGUGGCUGGCCCCCCAGGUGACUUUGAGAAAACCACACCCACCUUUUCCACACCUGCUGUCCUAUAUGAUGUUAGGUUCAAGAAACCUCAUGGCAUAAAUAAAUUGUUCAUUUUUUAUAUUGCUACUUAUGGAACAACAUAAAUUUAUUCUUAUUUUACACACUGACACAGUAAACAAAUGGGAUAUCUGCAUUCAAAACAUGAAAACAUGUGUCGGAUUUGGAAUAGGAGUAAAAGCAGAAAGACGUUACGGAUAACUAUUUAGGAUGUAUAUAGGAUGUAUCCUAUGCCCUUUAAAAAAAAAUUUUUUGGGGGGGGGUUAUGGGGUUGUUGUUUUUAUCUUGAUAAUAUGUUUUGUGAUUUUCUCUUCUGGUUUUCUUCUGCGAGCCACCUUGAGACCUCCGGGUAUAGAGCGGUAUUAUUAUUAAUAAUAAUAAUAAUAAUAUAGCUCUGCAGCUAGGACAUCUGCAUGGUUUGGUAGAAUCCAUGGCUGAAAAGGCCAUGGGCGCUUGUCCUCAGGAAGUCAGAUACAGUGUUAAAAAUAGAAGUGUACCCAGCAGAGGUGAGUUAGGGCUGUCCAGAUAUCCCUUUAUUUGCAUAUCCAUGAUAAUGUAUGCUCAUGAUGCUAUUGGGGCAGUCAUAUGUAAUCCCACUUUCGAUACUAUUUAUGCCUGCGUAAGGUGGUCACGCGGGUGGCGCUGUGGGUUAAACCACAGAGCCUAGGACUUGCUGAUCAGAAGGUCGGUGGUUCGAAUCCCCGCGACGGGGUGAGCUCCCGUUGCUCGGUCCCUGCUCCUGCCAACCUAGCAGUUCGAAAGCACGUCAAAGUGCAAGUAGAUAAAUAGGUACCGCUGCGGCGGGAAGGUAAGCGGCGUUUCCGUGUGCUGCUCUGGUUCACCAGAAGCAGCUUAGUCAUGCUGGCCACAUGACCCGGAAGCUGUACGCCGGCUCCCUCGGCCAAUAAUGCGAGGUGAGUGCCGCAACCCCAGAGUCGGUCACGACUGGACCUAAUGGUCAGGGGUCCCUUUACCUUUCCCUUUAAGGUGGUCACACUGCUUCAUUCCCAACCAGGGCAUAUCCUGUAACUUUCUCCUGAAAGCCCAUUACUCCAUAUACCCUCCAGACCAGUGUUUUAUUGCAGGUGUACUCUGCAACAUGCCCCUGACCCAACAGUAGUGCUUUAAUGGUGAUUCCACCCCCCACCCCCCGUUCUGGUUUGUUCUGUGAUGCUUCCCAAAUGCUACCACAUUAUUGCUAUAUAGCCCAAUGAAAGUGGGACAAAAAUAAACCAGAACAUCUGUGCUAUAUAAAAUUACAGGAUUUCAGCAGAAGGUUACAGGAAACACACUGAUUGGAAAUGAAGCAGUGUGACCACCCCAAAGGUUUUGCAGAUGCAAACAGUGGGAUUGUUGGUGACCGCCCCAAUAGCGUAAUGAGCACCAAUCGUCCUGAAGAUUCAAUAAAAAUAGUGGCUGUUCUCUUUUAUUUUUGUCCUGGUUUUGUUGCUAUAGCCCCUCAAGACAGUAAUAAUGUGGUAAACAGGUAUGGUGGUGGAUUAAAGGAUUAGAUAUAACGUUGCAGACGACCAUGAGAAAACCCAGAGGGACUAAAGCUGAGGCAAACCAAGUGCUGAAUUAUGUGGACCUAGCAGGAAACAAAUCUUUUCUAGGCAUGAGUUACUUUCUGGUAGUUGCAGAAAGCAGAAGCAAAGCAGACACAGCUGUCAGAAGCGAUAAUGGACCCUAUACUAGUGCUUUAUGAGACUGUACCGCAAACUGACUUGAGGCAUUUUCAAAUACGUUGUUUCACUAGCAGCUGUAGCAUGCCAUGAGUUGUCAGUGUAGACACCUGCCAGACCAGAGACGUGUCAUUACAGUUUGUAUGCUAUAGUUAACUUCCCAAGGAAGGCAUGACUUUUGCUCUCUGGAAAAAGAAUGAACAGGUUACUCUAGAUAUUAAUUUAAUGGUGUACUGCUAAGGUUCAUUUGCAUAAUUUUAGAUAUGUAUCAAAAUUGGAGGUCUUGGUGUGUGGGCUGGAUUUUGGCAUGCACCUGAUUUAUUGCUUGACUACAUACAAAAGUCUUGAUGUUCUUAUUUUAUUACUUCUCUGCAAACACAUCUGAGAGAGAAACUCGGAACCUGGACAUACAGGCUGCUUUGCUGUAACAUAACUCCACUUCCUUGGAGGUUUUUAAGCAGAGGUUGAAUGACCAUCUGAUGUGGACACUUUAGAUGAGAUUCCUGCAUUGCAGGGGGUUGGACUAGAUGAUCCUUGGGUCCCUUCCAAAUUAUGAUUCUAUUAUUGGCCCACCACACAUAGAAUCAACCCACAUUUUAACAUGCCUUUGGGAUUGCUUCCUAUGUUACAUUUUUCACUAUGAAGAUUAAACUAUAUGCUUGUUGUUGUUUUUUAUAAAUAUUAAUAUCGGUGUAUUUUUGGUACUCCAAGUACACAGAUCAAGGAAUCUGUAUAUGCGGUGAUUCCUAGUUCUGUGUAGCUGCCCCAGAUGCCAUUUAUAUGUUAGAAAAGAUCAUUUUUGCUAGGGAAAAGUAGCAUGUGAGAUGGCUUAUUUGAGUUGACUCAGCAGUUAGGAGGAGCUAUUAAUGUGUAUGAUUGCAUGGUCAUUUGGCUGAAAUGCAUCAUUUCAUGAAACCUUUUGGAAACAACAGAUGAGAUCAUUGUCCUUAUGAUCUCAUCAGACCUAUGCAAUCAUAAAUUAUUAUUUAUGUUUCUUCCGGUGGGAGAAGAAGGUCCUAUUUAGAUGGUGGCAGCAGUUACCUGUGUACCACAGGCUGAUGGGCUGUAGCUGACAAUAUUUCUCAAGAGCAGAUCUAUAAGAUUGUUGUGAGGAGUGUCUGGCACUUCUGUUCUCUUUUUAGAAAAGCUUGAGAUUUCUUUCAUAUUGGAAGUGGGAGGAAGGUAGACCAUAUCUCGGAACUUACAUGAGCCAACAGCACCGGAAAUACCUCAAGGCAAAGAUGAUAUCACUGAUUUUUAAUGAAGCUCUCAGAAAAGGCAUUUACAGAAUCCAUAAUCUAAAAUCAACUUUAUUCACAGCAAAAGUACUCAGGCGUCUUCAUGAGAUUAUAUGCAUAAACCUUUGUCCUAAUAAGGGGUAUUCAUAUUGGUGGCUAGAUAACUGGCAUUAAAAAAAAAAUAGCAUCUCUUCACAGAUCCACUUUUUCCCCCUGUGUGUUACUACUAAGAGAAAUUAUGCAUAUUUCAGCUUUUAAAAGCAUCACCAAAUCUUAAGACUUGCAGCUAAGCAGCAUGUUCCGAGUAGGGUUAUCAAGUAAUCGGGGGGGGGGGGGGAACUGGCCUGUCAUGCUCUUGCGAUUUUAAAAGCAGCUCGGUCAGCAGAAAUAAGAAUAACAGAAUCCUAGAACUGUAGCAUUGGAAGGCGCCUAAAGGAUCAUCUAGUCCAACCCCCUGCAAUGCAGGAAUCACAGCUGCUUUGCAUUCCUGGACAUCAAGCUGCUGCUGAAGAGACAGGAGCAGGGGUCAGUCAAAAACUGAAAUGGCAUCUGAUGGAGGCAUGGGCAAGAGUCAUGAUACAUGAUACCCAUGUAACCUUGGGUUACAGAUGCUUCAGUUUACAGACUCUGCUAACCCAGCAAUAAUAACUCGGGUUAAGAACUUUGCUUCAGGAUGAGAACAGAAAUCUUGCCACAGCUGCAGGGUGGCAGCGGGAGGCCCCAUUAGCUAAAGUGGUAUACCUCAGGUUAAGAACAGUUUCAGGUUAAGAAUGGACCUCCAGAACGAAUUAAGUUCUUAACCCGAGGUACCACUGUACUGGAUACUAAUUUGUUACCAGAAAGACCAGAUACUGCUUCCUAACUAGAUAACCAGUAUCCGAUUGGUGAUGUGCCCCAGACUCCACAGGCAUGCUUUGAGCGUCAUCUAGCAUGUGCCCAGAAAGGAAAAAAUAGAUGCUAAAUUAAACAAUUUUAUACUUCAUUAAGCAUUGCUCCUUCCAGCUUUGGCUUUGUUUCACUGUACUGUCAGCAUCUGACUUGUUCGCUGAUUGUCACAGCAAAUAAUAUUUAGCCUCAACUGGUCUUACAGAGCAAUCUCCCCUGCCCCCUGCUUUAAUUAAAUACAUGUAGGCUUUUUGGACAUGGGCUGUAUAAGACAUUCGGAGACAUUGUUAUAGUCCUUUCUCAAAAUAAAACGAUUGAUUUGCUAUCAUGCCUCUUAUUUCAGUAGGACGUUUCCAUGGAUACAGGCUUACAGGGUUGGCUUGCAAUGCUCUGGCAAUGCUGGAGAGCACUAAAGCAUAUUCCUAGCUAGCCUGCUGUAGAUCAAGGGUGUGAAUGAUUAUUGCAAAUCUGAAGUCAGGAUCUGCUUUAUACACUCUUUUUAUUUUCUUUCUUUUUAUAGCUUCAUGAAUGGAUUUUUUUUAAAAAAGAAAGAAAUAGUAAAUUGUAAACUGUGUGCAGUUGUAUUGUCCAAGUGAUGAGGAUGCAGAGAUCACAAUACUAGUCCUGUUAUAUUAAAAUAGGCAAAAUAGAGAAUACCCUAAGAUAAAAUGUACAGGCGGUUUGCCUCUUCAAAGCCCGUCAAUUAAAUAUUUCCCCGUGACAAAUACUUCCAUAACUGGGUUUACAUUUAGAAACCAUAUCGAAUAGGAUGCAGUAUGAUUAAGAAAUGAAGUGGGGACAAAAAGGAGGCAGGGAAGGAAUCUGGGUAGCUGGUUGUACGUUAGUUGAAUUAUCUUGUGAAGACUAUUAAUGUAGAUUCCAGAGUGCAGAAGGCAAAUCAGCUGGUGUGCAUUCUCCUUUUCUUUCUGAACCUUUUCAGAGUCUCGUCAUACGUUACAUGGCAAAUGCUUGAUUUCUCCUCCAUCUGUAUGCAUGGUAGGCUGCCAUGACCACACUCAGCUCCCUGGCCAAAGCACUGGUAUGACAUACUCAUUUGCUGUCUGCAGACACUAGUUUUACAGGCCCAGUGAACUAUGUGUGAAGUGAGAGAGCCUAAGGAGUGUAGGGAUGGCAGAGUGUGUCUGUUUCACUCCGUGUCAAUAUUUCAUGUGUUCUGUUAUCUCAUUAAUCCGUAAUUAAAAUAAAAAUCUGGGCAAAAGUUAAGAUUUAAAUACAGAUUUAAAUACUUACUUAAAAAUACAUAGUUGAAUAUUUAUUUUAACCUAUAUUUCUAAAUGUAUUCCCCCCCCCCCCCCGAAAGGCAUAUUUUAAAAUGUAUUUACGUGCAUUCCUAUAAUGCAAAAUUCAGAGAACUGCAAAAUUGAAAGGGUAAUACUGUUCCAAGCUGUCUAUUAGUCUUGGAGGUGAAGAUGAGUCCAGUUUGUUUGCAAACGGAAAUGACAUUCUUCCCCCAUCCCUAAUCCUAGGUGUGCUAAUUAGGAAGUCUCAUUGACCUCACAGAACUUAUGGUGCUGUCAUCUCAGUGUUGGACCAUGAAAGACGCAUGGCAAGCAAAGUGACUUUUUGACACUAGCCAGGUCAGCAGAGGCUCAUCAGGGAUCAGAGCUUCAAAUGGCUAUCUGAGUACUUCAUACAAUUUUCCCUGGGAUAGCUCAGUUGGUAGAGCAGGAGACUCUUAAGCUCAGGGUUGUGGGUUUGAACCCCACAUUGGGCAAAAAGAUUCCUGCAUUGCAGGGGGGUGGAUUAGAUGACCCUCAGAGUCCCUUCCUGCUCUGUGAUUCUGAUUAUGAUGGGCAAAAUGGCAACACAGAUAAUGACUUCCUUACGUACUAGGUCGGGGUGGGGAACCUUUUUAGCCUGACAGAUCAGAUCUUUAUCUGGCCCGAUCCCCACACUGCUUUUUUUUCUGUGCCCACCGCAGGCAUAAUAAAGAAUGAUUAUAAGCCACAAUAGAUUCUGGUGGGACAGGUAAGUGCACAUUAAAGUCUAUCCCAUUGGACUAAAUGGGAUGUAGAAGUGCAUUACUUUGGCUGGAUCGUGCCCACUCUUUGGGUGGUUGGGGCAUUCUUAAUUUGAGAAGAAGGCUACCAGAGAAAUUAUAGAUAAUAUCAGAAUACCUGAAGGAGCGUCUCCAUCCCCAUCAUCCAGCCUGGACACUGCAGUCUUCCUCUGAGGGUCUUCUGGUGGUUCCCUCACUACGAGAAGUGAAGUUACAGGGAACCAGGCAGAGGGCCUUUUCGGUAGUGGCUCCCUCCCUGUGGAACACCCUCCCUUCAGAUGUCAAGGAGAUUAAGAACGACACAACUUUUAGAAGACAUUUGAAGGCGGCCCUGUAUCAGGAAGCUUUUAGUGUUUGAUGCUUUUUUAAGACAAUCCCUAAAGCUGUUGAGCUUUCUUUUCUUUUCUUUUUUUAUAAAAAUGCCAAAAAACCUGUGAUUUUUUUAUUGACUUGCCUAAGAUCCAGGACAAAGUGCCACCUUUCAGAAAUAAUUCCCCCCCCCCCCUGGACAUCAAUCCAGAAGUCCCAAAUAUUGCAAUGAAUUGCAGCAGUAAAUAAAUGGAUGCCAUUCAGAAUCUUUCUCCCACACCCAAAUUUAAAAGCCCAACUAAAUGCUACAUUCAUGAUAAAAUGUUAGUGGUGUUAAGGCUCAAACUGGAUCUGCUACAGGCCAGGCAGGUGUUCUGUUUGGGGAUCUCCCCUUUUUUCUUGGCUUCCUGUUAUUUGACUUUGCUGCUUGAAUUGGCUCCAUUUAUUUUCCCCCUUCUCUAUGCCUCCUUGUCUGUUUUCUUCAUUUUGCCCUCUGUGCUUUCUGAGACUCUUCCGUUAAUGCUCCUUUUGUGCUCCUGACACCCCUCCUUUAAUUUGGGAGGGCAUUUGCUUCUCUCCCCAACAUUCCUUUUUGUAGUAAUUUGGUACUGAAUCCCUGGUCUGCUUUCCCCUUUUGUGGCUUUCUUAGCAGCUGCUCUUUGGCAAGCAAAUCUACUGUACGCCGUGAUCUCUGCCUUCUCUCGUUGCUGUUUAUUUAUUUUUGGUACUCUGUAGAACUUAGGAAGCUGCCUUAUUCUGAGUCAGACCAGUAGACCAUCUAGGCUCAGUAUGUAUGUAUGGGUGGUAUUCAGUGCUAGUCCUCCACAGAGCAGACUCCCUGAAGUUAAUAAACAUGACCAACACCCCAUAUGCACUAUACAAUUAAAGCAACAUCAUACCAUUUAACAGUCAUACCUUCCUCCAGAGAAUUCUGGGAACUGUAGUUUGUUAAAGGUGCCGAGUGUUAUUAGGAGACCCCUGUUCCCUACACAGAACUACAUUUUGUAAGGUUCCCUGAGAAGAAGAAUGGAUAAUUAAACCACUCUGAGAAUUGAUGGUACAAUUGCCAAAAACUAAAGUUUCAAACAAAGCUGAUCCCCAAGAAGCAACAAUAAAACACCAACACUCAAAUGCCUGGGAGUAAAGAAAAGUUUAAACCCAGCAGGGAAAUGAUGUCCAAGUUGCUCCCAGACAGGCCUCUUUAGGGAGAACAUCCCUUAGAUGGGGAGCCAGUGCGGAAAAGGCCCUUUGACUUGGCACAACUCUCUGAACUUCUACAGGAGGAGGUGCUCAGAAGAGGGCUUCUGGUUACGAUUUAAAGGUCUGGCAAGGUUCCCAAGGUGGAAGCUGUUCCACAAUGCACUGGGUCUAGAAGUGUACUGACAGCCAGCGUGGCCAAAUCAGAUUCAGUGUUAUAUUUUCUGACUAUGUAGUUUCAGUCAGAAAUCUGUGGUGGUUAGAGUGUUGGGCUGGGAAUUUGGAGAGCCAGAUUGAAAUCCUCACUCAUGAAGCUCCUUAGGUGACCUGGAGGCAGUCCGGCUAGACACAAGGCAAGGCAGGGUUCAGACUGAAUGCUGGGCUGGAUACAAAGCAAGGAGAGAUGGGGUUUGGGGUGGGAAGGGCUGAGGGAAACACAGAGACAAAAACCGGAUUCUUGAUCUCUGGACCCUUCAUGAAAAAUUUGGUUACAAUAUCUUAAGAGGUGUCCAAAAGUGCAGAGAACAGACAAAGAGAAAACAACUUUCCAAAAUACACAGGAGGUAAAGUAUAUGUAGAGUAAUUAUUUUUAUUUUUUAAAGGACCGUGCCCACAGGCAUACAAUCUAAACAACAACACCCUGGGUGGGGGGCAGAAGGAGAGCAAGAGAUCAGAGGCCAAAGGAUCAGAAGAGAAGGUACAGGGUUGACCAGUAUUUAAAUAAUUGCAAAGAAGAAUGAGGGAAAAUGUUGGGACACGAUGGGUUCCAGAACAAAAACGAGGCCGCAAGAGAGAAAGGAUGGAGAUGUAAAAGUUAAGAAGUAACCUGAGGCUUAGCUGAGUUGAAAUAAUGCCAUCAGUACAUUAGCAGAGCAAUCCUGUAUACCCCAACUGCAGCAGGGGUGGCAUCACAAUGCUGAUGUAAUAGACAUCAGUACCUAUUCAGGGAGGGGGAAAACACACAGUCAUAAAAGACAAAAUCAGUGGCGGUGACUAUGCCACCAAAGUCAACCAAUGAAAAAUUGUGCUUGGAAGGAACAAACAUAAACUAAUAAUGUUGGGGCAUGCCAUUAGCACACACCCCUGCACCAACACCCAUCCACAGAAAUAUCAUGCCACAGCACUGCCUGUGCCAUCAGCCCCACUUGGCCCAGUCCAUGACCACUCUGCUACUGUCAGUCCCAGGCAUGCAGCUGUUUUGAUUUCCUUAUGCUGCUAGCAGCCACCAGUCUGGAGCACACUGCAUGAAGGUAAGGAAGGAGAGCCCACAUAACACAGCUUGUUGGGUAGGAUGUCUAGAGAGAGCACAAAAGCCCCCUUGGAAUGAGGGUUCAAGACCCACCUAGGAAAGGAAACAUUCUUGUGGCUUGCAGGGCAAGUGCAUCCCAAUGGGUCACAUUUAUUAAUGGCAUUUAUACCCCACCUUUCUUCCAAGGAGCUGAAGGUUGCACAUAUAGUUUUCCUCCUUCCUGUUUUCUCUUCACCUGUGGGGUAGGUGCAGCUUAGAGGCAGUGACUGGCCCCAGGUCACCUAGCAAACUUCGCUGUGGCUCUGUGGGGAUUUGAACCCUAGUGCUAGCCUAGCACAGUAACUACUGCAAAGCACUGCCUUUCUUAUAGGCUGGUACAGCAGUUGUUGGGUCCUCAUUUUAUCUGCAUCUUUGCUGGUGCAGCAACUCGCAAGAUCGAGCUGCCAAUCCAACGUCUUUCUGUAGAGAAAGCUUUGGUGGUGGUUGUCCUCAUUCUUUCUCACAGCAUAUUAAGAAAAUGAUCAUUACUGGCACAGAAUUUAAUGUAUUAUUCAAAAGCAAAGAGGGAAGGUUUUUUUUUUAAAAAAAGGAAAAAGCAAGCAAGCCAAGCUUUCAUAUCAAUAAUUCAAUCCCUCCGCAGCCAUAGCACUAGUUUUGCCACUUCACUCCUGGCUAUCUCCGCAUACAUAGUUAAUGUUUAGAUGCCCCACUGCAUACAUCACGGCAGAUGGCAAGAGGGGCCACGGUCUAACACCAAGUGAACCAUUUAUUUAUUGUAUUUAUUCCAGUCAUUUAUAUCCUGCCUUUAAGGAGGCUUAUGAGUAAAGUCAAAAUACAACAAUAAAAAUGGCUAUAAGUCCAUUUCAAAAUCUACCCGCCAAGAUCCUUCCCACAGGGCAUUGGGCCUGCAAUGAGAGAGCAGGUUCUGAUGUCUUCUUCCCCUCCUUCAUUUCACAUAAUAUGGUCCAGGAGGGAGAGAGGAAGACAGGGGAUGAAGAUAACAUCAGACACCUGCUCUCCUCCAGUAAUGUACUUAGUUAGUUUAGAUUUCUUUUCCAUCCAGUUUGUCCCCAAAGACUCAGGAUAGAGAUACAAUGUAACUCAUAGCUGAAAUCAGUUAUCACUAAAUGUUGAUAGUGCUUAUUUGGACUGACCAGGACCAAAUGAUGUGAGAAAGCCUCUUCUGUGGUUUUAUAGCAUGCUCCUAUGAAAGAAAUAUUAAAAUAGAACACAACCAUUAUUAGAGGUAAUGUGUGCUUAGUGGCUGAUGUGCAUAAUAGCUGGGCAUUGUGCACAUUCACCGCACCUCAUGGAAUAUGUGUUCAUAAUCUAUCAAUGAAAGAGGGAAUUGUGCACUAUUCCCAGUCAAUAUACAUAUUCUCCGGCAGGCCUUGGGAAAUGUGCAUACCUCAAGAACGUUUUGUACAUUCUCCAGUCAAUAUGCAUAAUCUCCAAUAGGCCCUGGGGUCUUUGUAUAUCUUAACUGCAUCUUGCACAUUCUUUAGACAAUAUGCAUAAUCUCUAAGAGGCCUUUUUGAUAGAUAUUUGUAAAUUCUCCAGGCUAUAUGUCCUCCACUGCAGAGCACCUAUAAACCACAAAGUGAGUAACAGGAUAAGCAAAACCUUGAUGAAGUUGGAGUCUUAUACAAUAAAUAAUUUGACAGAUUCAUUCUGUUUGGCUUCAGCUUGGCAAGGGCUCACUACGUCUCCCAUGAUAUAAUGCCACAUUUUGUGGUUGUAGAUUGGAGGGUAACCAUGAUCAGAAGCAGCAGGUGGAAGGAAAAAACAUUUCAGCCAGCAGAGGGCAGAGUGUCACUAACAUUUUUUUUUUUUUUUGAACUUCAAUUUCUUGUAUGACUCUUGUUUUCUAACCAAAACAACACUGGUGUAGGAGAAAAGAGAAAGCAGCACAAAUAUUUGGACUGGCCUUCCAAGAUCAAGUCAGGCUGAGGAGGUGAAUAGCUUAUGAUCCCAUGAAGACAAAAAUGGCCCAAAACUGUGUAGAAAGGUGUUUCUCCAUGAUAAGCAACCCUCAUGAGUUCACAAAUGGUAAUGCAGAAAGGAAACCCAGUUAAACACACACACACACACACACACACACUACGCAAAAAUGUAGUGGUAAUGAAGGGAUAAAAUAGACUCAAAUGAUUGCUCCCUUAACUAAGAAAGUCUGGAAACAAUUACAAACAAGAUUAAUUGCAAUGAUGCACCCUCAAAAUUAUUAGAGAAGAAAUAGCUAAGUGGGUUCCAAUAGUAAUCUAUAUUAAAAGAGAACUGGGUAGAACAGACGUAAGGAUAAACUGUAUUCCGCCAUAAAUUACGUAUGCUGUACAGAAGGAGAAGAAUUUAAAUUUAAUUUUAUAUUAAAUUUAAUUUAAUAUAAAUCCAUAAUAAUGAAUCCAUAUUCAUGGAUUUUAUACACCUGUAUGUAUAUAUGUAUGUAUGGUAAAGGUAAAGGACCCCUGGAUGGUUAAGUCCAGUUAAAGGUGACUAUGAGGUGUGGCACACAUUUUGCUUUUCAGGCCGAGGGAGCCAGUGUUUGUCCACAGCUAGCUUUCCGGGUCAUGUGGCCAGCAUGAUUAAACCGUUUCUGGCAUGAUGGAACACCAUGAUGGAAGCUAGAGCGCAUGGAAACGUCGUUUAACUUCCCACUGCAGUGGUACCUAUUUAUCUACUUGCACUGGUGUGCUUUCGGACUGCUAGGUUGGCAGAAGCUGGAACACAGCAAUGGGAGCUCACCCCAUUCCAUGGAUUCGAACUGCCAAGCUUCCGAUCCGCAAGCCCAAGAGGCUCAGUGCUUUAGACCACAGCGCCACCUGCACUUGCCCCAUGUCUGUAUGCAUGUAUGCAUGCAUAUGUGGGUGUGAGUGACUGUAAUAUAGAUUGUGUGGAUGAACACUAUAUUAUUAUUGUUACAUUAUUAUUUUUUUAAUGAACAUUAAGUGCAAAGUACUGUUAUAUAAAAUAGGAAUGUAUUUAUUAAAUCACUGCUUAUUUAUUAAAAUCUAAAUUUUCAAAAAUGUUCACAAUAGGUAUUGUAAAAGGCAAAUAAAAUAAUAAAGUAUUCACAUGGGUGAAUAAAGGAUAAGGGAGUUUAGGACUGCUGGUGAUCCCUAAAUUAAAUAAAUUAUAGCAAAAAAGGACACACACACACACACACACACACACACACACACAUAUAUAUAUAUAUAGUGCAAAGGAGGCACAAUAAGUUAUCUUGCGAUGCAAAUAAGGGAAAGUUGUUCAGAAAUAAACUUUACUGCAUAAGUAGCUUUUCUUUAAAUGUGAAAGGGGAAAAAUGCAUGAAUGAGGAAGCCUAAGGAAUAAAUUAGUCUAAGGAGUAGACAAAAGUCACAAGAAGAUUGCAAAGUCACAGAAUGAUUUAUGAGGAGCAAGGAAUUUCAGCCACAAUAAAGGCCCCAUUCACACAAUCCUUUGGGUUGCCAGGCACAGCACAUACCUUUGGUAAAGUAUUGUGAGAACCAGCAAUAUACCUACAUUUUGCAGCAAUUUAUAUGAUAGCUGCAGGAGUUAGUUUUCUGGCAGUGCUAUGAUAAAAUAUACAUCUGCAACAAAGUAUUUAAUAAUGUACAUUUUGUUAAUAUAACACUUUCUCUGUUUAUACAAAGCUGGCAUACAUAGAUUUUUUUGUGGGGGGGUGACAAUGUCACUCUGCUAUAAGAAAUAGUGUUACCAAUUUAUGAGAGGUUAGUAGGAAUAUGAAAGGCCCAAUCCCUCAAUGAAAUGAACUGAGUAUGCACACAGUAUUCACACAAGGUUUGGCAGGUUAUGGGCAGCUUCACACAAGAUAAAAUGUGCUGCAAAGGAAUGUGUAGAAAAUGUGUCUUAGAUCAUGUAAUUGCUUCAGACCAAUUUAGAUUACUGCACUUUUAUAAUUAUGCCACAAUUCAAACCACUGCUUGGUGGUUGCUGAAUUUCAAGUUGGGUGCAUUGCUGAAGUCGUCUCAUGGCUUCACAUGUGAAAAUCUGCAGAUAUGCUUUCAACCCAUGUAAUGCAUUUUAAUUGUUUUUAAUUCUGAAUUUUUAAAUUGCUGUAUCCUGCCCCAGGACCUGCUGGUGAAGGCUGGUUAAUAAAUAUAGUAAUAACAAUUUUAAAAAUCAGUUUGGAGGCCUUGUCAUCAGAAUCAUCUCUUUCCUUUGAUUUUGAUGAAAGAGAAGAAAUGUCCUGGCAAGAGUUCUGGAGAUAUACUGCAUUACUUGGUGUCCAGUUCUUGCUCCAUUUUCCAAAUCUACAAAGGAAGCAGGGAUUGUAGAGUGGAGGAUAUAGAGUGUUGCAGCUCCAUGUUAAAACAGGCCAUGUGGUGAGAGUGGCAGAAAGUUAUUCCCCCCCAAUUUACAUUACAUAGUGGGUUUCAGGUAGCUGAGGCUGUAUGUUCCAUAGGAAACCAGAGCAGCGUAUGGAAAUGCUGUUUACCUUCCUGCCAGAGUGGUACCUAUUUAUCUAUUUGCACUGUGUGCUGUCUAACUGGGACCGAGAGCUGGGACCGAGCAAUGGGAACUCACCCUGCCAUGGGGAUUCGAACCGCCGACCUUCUGAUCGGCAAGCCCAAGGCUCAGGUUUACACCACAGCACCACCUGCGUCCCUAUGAUGGGAAUGGAUUACCCCCCCCCCCAAAAAGAGGAUAACAUCAAAGUAACAUAGUUUUUUGUUAAGUUUGGGAUUCUGCACUGGAACAAUCCAAUUUACUCUUCAUAUUGUAGAGUAGUUUGGCAAAGGAUUGUUAUAGAAUUACUGUGACAUGGUGCCACGUGUUUCUUAUGUUUCAGGAGUGAUGCUAAAGAUCCACGCUCUGCAAAUGCCAAUUUCUCACAUGUAUCAGAAUGAGGUAAGAGACUGGUGUCAUCGGAGACAGAAACCCCAUGAAGACACUGCUGCAGAUGCACCUCCUAAUCUCUUACCAGAAGAAUGUGGAUUUUAAUGAACUUAAUAUUAUAAGCUCUUGACACCUUGCCACUUGGUCCCUUGAAUGGAUGUGUGCAAUGUAUAACGACAUGCUUGCCCACAGUUCAGUCUUUUUGAGUUGGAUGAAAAUACUUGUUUUAUUUUAGAUUAUAGAUAUAUGCCAAAAGAAAGAUUCCCCUAGUUUGGGUAAUGUUGAAAGACAGUGCCCCAGUCCAGCUAAGGCUGUGCACAUUUUCUUCUGUGCUUACAGUGGAUUUCUCUGCAUGCAGAUGGGUGCUGCACACUUGUUUCCUGGACUGGAAAUCCCACUGAGAAGCAAGCCUCAGUAAUGUGAUCAUCAGCUUUUGAGCUUUCUGCUUCCCUAUCCAUUUCCCUGCAUAAAUGACUGAUGCUUUUAAUGAUGAUCUUGCUUCAGUCCUGGAUGAGGCAUUUCCCUCUAACAUCACUAGGUGAAUCAAAUGCAAAACAACAGCAACAAAAAAAGUUACUGAGUGUGCUCAUGAUCUAUCUCAAGACAGAAUGUGACCCAAAUGCUGCUUUUGAAGCAAAGGUUUAGUAUGAUGACCCUGUUCGAGUAUAUGUGCCAAAAUUUCUCUAGAUAGAAAAGAAAGUACACAAUGACCUUACGAAUCUGAAUGUUCAUUUAAUGUUGUGACAUGUUUUGCAUUAGCAGAAAUGAGUUCGCAUGGUGCUGGCCCUUUGCUACCAUGCUGAAUUAGUCAGUCAUUAUGCACUCAAACCGAAGUCAACCAAAAUGAGUUUAACAAGAUGUAACCCAGGCAAAUAUUCCCUCCAUGGCUCAAAUCCUUUCUCUCCAUUGUAUAUAAAGAAGGUCCCAUUUAGCUGGGACCAUCUUCUUUUAUUUUCUUUUGUUGUUUCUUGCAAGACAGGAGCAUCUUUCCCAGACUGGUCACAUCUUCAGUGGAAAUGUUUGCAGUAGAAUACCUCGGCAAAGGGGCUGUUUUGAUUCUGAUACUCCAGUAUACAGAAGAGAAUGAUAGCACUUACUUUAGAUGCUCUGUUAAUAAUAAUAAAAAUAAUAUUCUUGCAUCUAAGAUAUAUUCAGAUAAUAGACCCACUGAAAUCAAUGUUCUUGAUUAACUUCAGUGCAUUUAUUCCAAUGGGUCUACUCUGAGUAUGACUUAGUUGAAUACAACACACAAUUCCCCAG